CCCGAGCCCGGAGCCUCCCUCCCGCCCCCCAGCCCGCCGACCCCUGCCUGGACCUGCGCCCACGCCGGCGCCCUCGUUUUCGCCUCGCCCGCGCCCGUGCCCGGCGCGCCCCGCGGAGCCCGGCCCGAGCACCGGCGGCCCUGCCCGAAGCGGCGCGAUGAAUGAUUUUGGAAUCAAGAACAUGGACCAGGUGGCCCCUGUGUCUAACAGUUACAGAGGGACACUCAAGCGCCAGCCAGCCUUUGACACCUUUGAUGGGUCCCUAUUUGCUGCUUUCCCCUCACUAAAUGAAGAACAAACACUCCAAGAAGUGCCAACAGGCUUGGAUUCAAUUUGUCACGAUUCCACCAACUGUGAAUUACCUCUGUUAACUCCGUGCAGCAAGGCUGUGAUGAGUCAAGCCUUGAAAGCUACCUUCAGUGGCUUCAAAAAGGAGCAGCGCCGCCUCGGCAUUCCAAAGAACCCGUGGCUGUGGACCGAGCAACAGGUGUGCCAGUGGCUUCUCUGGGCUACCAACGAGUUCAGUCUGGUGAACGUGAACCUCCAGAGGUUCGGCAUGAAUGGCCAGGUGUUGUGCAACCUGGGCAAGGAGCGUUUCCUGGAGCUGGCACCUGACUUUGUGGGCGACAUUCUCUGGGAGCAUCUGGAGCAGAUGAUCAAAGAAAACCAAGAAAGGACAGAAGAUCAGUAUGAAGAAAAUUCACACCUCAACUCAGUUCCUCACUGGAUUAAUAGCAAUACAUUAGGUUUUGGUGUGGAGCAGGCGCCAUAUGGAAUGCAGACCCAGAACUACAGCAAAGGCAGUCUCCUGGACGUGUGCCCAGCAUCCUCUGCGCCCAGUGUGCUCAGCUCAGAGCAGGAGUUUCAGAUGCUCUCCAAGUCACGACUCAACACUGUCAGUGUCAACUACUGCCCCGUCAGCCAGGACUUCGCAGGCAGCAACUUGAACCUGCUCACCAAUGGUCCUGGGAAGCCCAGAGACCACGACCCCCCUGAGAACGGCGCAGACAGCUUCGAGAGCUCUGAGUCGCUGCUGCAGUCCUGGAAUAGCCAGUCAUCACUGCUGGAUGUACAGCGGGUGCCUUCCUUUGAGAGCUUCGAAGAUGACUGCAGCCAGUCGCUCUGCCUCAGCAAGCCAACCAUGUCAUUCAAGGAUUACAUCCAAGAGAGGAGCGACCCGGUGGAGCAAGGCAAACCAGUUAUACCUGCGGCCGUGCUAGCCGGCUUCACAGGCAGCGGACCUAUUCAGCUGUGGCAGUUUCUCCUGGAAUUGCUCUCCGACAAAUCCUGCCAGCCGUUCAUCAGCUGGACCGGGGAUGGAUGGGAGUUUAAGCUCGCCGACCCCGAUGAGGUGGCCCGCCGGUGGGGAAAGAGGAAAAACAAGCCCAAGAUGAACUACGAGAAGCUGAGCCGGGGCUUACGCUAUUACUACGACAAGAACAUUAUCCACAAGACGUCAGGGAAGCGCUACGUGUACCGCUUCGUGUGCGACCUGCAGAACUUGCUGGGGUUCACGCCCGAGGAGCUGCAUGCCAUCCUGGGCGUCCAGCCGGACACGGAGGACUGAGGCCCCCAUAGGGCCAAGAGGGGGCCAUCCGACUGACUGUUCCAAGGACCCGGGAGGGUGGGAUUGAGCACGUCCAGGAAAGCCGCCAAGAAGCAGUGGCCUUAUUUCAUCUGAACCUGUGGUUCUUCACCAAGAGCGGCACCGUUUCUUGCUCCUGAAGCCUGCUGACAGGAAAAUGCUAUUUAUGAUGCUAUUACCUUAGAAUGGCCGACAAAGAAGGGCCACGGAGACACGUGGCUCCAAGUGGUCCAUGUGACAGUCAUGUUCUGGCUGUUGGAUAUUCUCAAAGGAGCGAGCAUGUUGUGGACUCACAGGUUUUUUUAUUUUCUUUUGCCUUUUCAACCAGGAAUCCCGAGUACAAAAGCAGCUCAUUGGUUCAGAGGGGCUGGAGGAUGCAAGGAGACAAUUGUGCCAUUUCUGACAUUAGUUUGUAUAUAGGAUUGUAAUCUUAAUUGUUACUGAAAUUCUCUAAGUCCUAUUUAACAGAAAUUGUAUAUUAUAAUUUAAAAUAAUUAUGUAACUCUGUGAAAUAAGAACGCAGACAUUCAAUGUUUAUUCCAGUUUUCAAGAGCACGUAAGGCAUUUUGCAAAUGUGUCAUUUGCCUAGGGCCGGCUAAGUGAACUUGUGACGUAUGUUCAUUUGCAUUUAAUAUGCCAACAGGAGUAAGUUCUAAGAGGGUUAAUCCCUGGUUUUGUUAUGUUUUGUCUUUUGUUUUGCCUGGGUUAUUAUCUGGCAAGGACUCUGUACAUUUGGGAAUUUUUAUAAAAAUCUUAAUGUUAUUAUCUGGGGGCACAUCUGGCCUCUGCUUUCUCCUUCAACUGUAAUGUAAAAGCUAUAAAGCAGUAUUUUUCUUGACAAAUGGCAUAUGUUUUCCAUUUCUAUGCAUGCCUUUAAAUCAAUUUAUACACAAAACUUAUUUUAUUUUUUAGUUCAGCUAUGUUUCCCCAAAGACUGACCUCGCCUGGGCAACCAUUUCCUUCCCGUGCCCCACCUCCGCACUGCAAAUUAUUCUGUAUGAUUAAAAUAAGAAUGCUAUUUUUGGUAAUAGGCGACUCCUUUUCAGAGAUCAGGAGGGAUUUAUGUAGCAGCUAUUUUUACUGCAAUAGUAGUUCACUGGAAAAAAAAUGUAAUUUGUAUGUAAGAAAGCUUUAUUUUUAUCUCAGCUCCAUGUAAAGCUAAGCCUAUUGUACAGAGCUGAGGUUGGGGUGGAGGGGGGAGGUGGAGAGAGCAGGGCAAAUUUUUAUUAAACCCGUUGAUAUGAAUGAAGCAUGGUUUGUCCCAUCCUUGUUCACCUGCCAAGUCUUAGGGCUGCCUGGGCACAAUGCUACUCCUUUCUGUUUAGCUUCCACAGCAAGGUGGCUGUCUUCUCAUGUUAUUGGAUGCAGAAUGCCCAGAGGCGGGCAGGGCACCAACAAGACAGCAAAGAAAAGGCCUUGGCAUAGUUCACGUGCAGAAAAUGUUUCGGUCACAACUGAGGCUUUUGUAUUGUAGUUGUUUCAAAGGGGCACCUGGUCAGCAUGUAUUCCCGGACUUUGUAAAUGGUCAAGUCGAGUUGGUUUCGAAUCAGACAUGCUUCCUAGCAGUGUGAGAGGACAGCAGGCAGUGGCAGGGUGUGCUGGGACGGGCAAGCCGGACCCGGGGUGACUCAGGUCUCAGCACCCACCCAAGACUGUCCCCUGGGUCUGUCGGCACAGGAUGUUUCUCUCGAGCGGGGCCUGUUUAUCGCUAGGACAUCUGUUUAUAACAUCAACAGACUCUUGAAUGAGAACAUCAUGCUGCUGAAAGAAAUGUUCACCAGUGGUUUAUUUUAUAUGGGGUUGAACCCCAUGAAAUUGCCAGCAUUUGGCUUUUGUAUGGACCAAAGCUGGCAGUUGCAUGGAGUUCAACCUAGUAGUUAUGGAAACUAAAGGCCGUUAUAAACCUUGGGCAUGGUAAUGAACAGAACUUAAGUAUAAAAAUUUUCUAAUUUGGUCUUUUCUUCCUCAAAUAAAGUAUUUUGUUGAUAUAAUU